GUCACUUCUGUUCUUCUCGAUAGAAUCUAAAAGCGGUCCACUUGGAAGAAAGCCGCGUCGUAUUGAAUCGUGAGGAAAGAUGUUGGUGAAUCUCCAGCAUAUCGAUACCAACUGCUUCCAGAUUCUGAAUUCCGUCAAGGCCUCAUCAAGCGCCGGAGUUUCCGUUUCUCCGGCGGACAGAAGAGUCGAACCCAUCAAGCACCGCCGAGGGCGCCAAGUUCUCGACAGUCCCAGUGGCGACGUGAAGAAAUUCAAGAGGGUAUAUAAGCAGAGGACUCGUCCAUUUCAGGAAUCUAGCUCAAACCCUAAUGAUUUUGUGGAGAGAUCAGAUGGUAUAAUUGGCAAUAAGAGGGGUCUUGGGGUUAAAUUGACGCCAAGGAGUGGGAUCGGCGUGGUGGAGAAGACGCAAGCCAGGUGUUCGACGAAAUGGCUACGUUACGGAGGGUGCAUUCCAGCAAUCUUGGAGGCGCUGGAGAGGGUUGCGGAUUUGGACGAGGCGUUGAGGCCGUGGGAAGAGAGUCUUAGUAACAAGGAGAGGACUAUCAUUUUGAAGGAACAAUUGAGUUGGGAACGGGCGUUGGAGAUAUUUGAGUGGUUCAAGAGAAAAGGUUGUUACGAGUUGAAUGUGAUUCAUUAUAACAUAAUGCUUAGGAUUCUCGGCAAGGCGCAGAGAUGGAGCUUAGUUGAGAGUCUGUGGGAUGAGAUGGGGAGAAGAGGGAUUCUGCCCAUAAAUUCGACUUAUGGUACACUAAUUGAUGUUUAUAGCAAAGGUGGGCUUGGGGACCAAGCGCUUCGGUGGUUGGAAUUGAUGAACAAACAAGGGAUGGAACCCGAUGAGGUGACCAUGGGGAUUGUGGUUCAAAUGUACAAGAAGGCCGGGCAAUUUGAAAAGGCCGAGCAGUUUUUCAAGAAGUGGCAUUCGGGUAGGCCUUCUCUCAUUGAGGGCAGAAAUAACAAGGCAACUGUGCCCGCUACCAUCAAUGGGAAUUCUCAAGGACCUUUUUGUUUAAGCUCAUACACGUAUAAUACCUUGAUAGAUACGUUUGGCAAGGCUGGGCAGCUUAAAGAAGCAUCUCAAACAUUUGCUCAGAUGCUAAGGGACGGGAUUGUGCCAAACACAGUGACUUUCAAUACAAUGAUGCACGUUUGCGGUAACAAUGGGCAGCUUGAUGAAGUGACCAAGCUAAUGAAGAAAAUGGAAGAGCUCCAUUGCCCACCUGAUACUAGAACGUAUAAUAUUCUUAUUUCUCUCCAUGCUAAGCAUGAUGAUAUUAAGAUGGCUGCAGAAUAUUUCGCAAAGAUGAAGGAGGUCUCUAUUGAACCAGAUCUUGUGAGUUUCCGCACCCUCUUGUAUGCUUUCUCAAUAAGGCGCAUGGUUAGUGAAGCCGAAAGCCUCAUUUUGGAGAUGGAUGAAAGAGGUCUUCAGGUUGAUGAAUUCACCCAAUCAGCCUUGACUAGAAUGUAUAUAGAGGCUGACAUGCUAGAUAAAGCGUGGUUAUGGUUCAAGAGGUUUCACCUAGAAGGGAAUAAUAUGAGCUCCGAGUGCUACGCUGCCAACAUUGAUGCAUUUGGGGAGCGUGGGCAUGUUUCCGAAGCUGAGAGAGCUUUCAUGAGUUGCCUAGAGGGUAGAAAACCUAGUGUCCUCGAAUUCAACGUGAUGAUUAAAGCUUAUGGGCUCAACAAGAAAUAUGACAGGGCGUGUCAGUUAUUUGAUAGCAUGGACAAAUAUGAUGUACUUCCAGAUAAAUGCAGUUAUAAUUCUCUCAUCCAAAUGCUAGCCAAUGCCGAUCUGCCACAGUUAGCAGUGUUCUAUGUGAGGGAAAUGCAGAAGGCAGAAUUGGUUACUGAUUGCAUCCCGUACUGUGCAGUCAUCUCAAGCUUUGUGAAGUUAGGUAAUUUGGAAAUGGCAGAGGGAGUAUAUAGAGAAAUGGUUGGAUUUGAUGUGCCACCUGAUGUCGUUGUUUUCGGUGUACUGAUAAAUGCAUUUGCCGAGACUGGAAGUGUAGCAGAAGCUCUGCGUUAUUUUGACAAAAUGAGAGAAUCAGGAAUACCCAUGAAUCCUGUGAUAUGCAACUCCUUGAUUAAGCUCUAUACCAAAGUUGGAUACUUGAAAGCAGCAGAGGAGACAUAUAGAAUGCUCGAAUCAUUUGAGACGGGUCCUAAUGUAUAUUCUUCAAAUUGUAUGAUCGAUCUUUACAGCAAGCAAUCUAUGGCCAAACAAUCAGAAUAUAUCUUUGAGACCCUCAGGAAAAAAGGAGACGCGAAUGAGUUUUCGUAUGCUAUGAUGCUAUGCAUGUACAAGAGACUUGGGAGGUCCGGGGAAGCGAUUCAGAUUGCAAAACAGAUGAGGGAACUGAACCUAGUGUCCGAUUUGUUGAGUUACAAUCAUGUUCUUGAGCUGUAUGCAUCAGAUGGGAGGUUCAAGGAGGCAGUCGAAGCUUUCAAAGAGAUGAUAAACUCAUCUGUUCAGCCCGACAAUUCAACAUUCAAAUCACUUGGAGUUGUUCUAAUGAAAUGUGGAGUUCCACAUCAGGCUGUUGGCAACUUAGAACUAACAAGGAAGAAGAAUGCUCUGAGUGGGUUGCAGGCAUGGCUUUCAACUCUCUCUUCUGUGGUUUUUGUAGAUUACAGUGAAACUGAUGAUGAUGCUUGAUCUCUGGGAUACAGUUCCUUUGAGUUGGACAAUUCAAGCUGAAGCAGUGUAAAUGUAGGUCUCAAAUGGAUGCAAUGCUACCUCUCCCUGGUGCUUAUAUACUGCAACCAUCUUUUGUUUGAUUAGGGAUAUGUACAAGCAAAUAUUGCUCUUGGUCAGGCCAUCAUGAUUCAAGAGCAGCUCUGUGAGUAUUUCUCCUUUUAAUUCCAUGGAACGAUGUAUAAUAUAUUUUUGGGUAAAUUGAUCGAAUGACACCUCCUGAAUUUUUAAAUUUGCCCAAUUAGUCUUUAAUUUUUUUUUUUAAUUCGUCCCUAAAAUUUGACCCUUUAGGAGGUGUCAUGACUAGUUUUGAAUCAUUUAGGUGUUGUUUUACUUUUGUAUACUUAGUUUUGAUGAUGAAAAAUAAUAUUUUACUUAAUUCCUAA